GUCAAUUAUGGCUUCCUUCUCGUAGUGAUGGAGGCUCAUCGUUAACAACAAAACUAAAUUGUGACAUUAUUCACUUAUUUGCCCACUGACACAAGUUGGAUUCACGAUGCAGAAGAUCAAGUCUCUCAUGGCCCGGCAGGGUCUGAAGAGCCCCCAGGAGAGCAUGGCAGACCUCAGUCCUGUGGAGAACCUGAGGAUCCCGAGCAAGGAGGAGUUGCGGGAGCUGAGGGAGCAGCCCAUUGACCCCCAGGCGGAGCAGGAGAUCAUCGACAGCAUCGAGGAAGUCUACUUCUCUAAUGACUCCUUUGACAUGGUGCAGCAUGAACUGGAGAAACUCCCACCUGAGCUGAACCUGCAGGAGCUGGAGGAGUAUAGAGACAAGCUGAAGAGACAACAGGCAGCCGUUUCUAAAAAGGUCGCAGAUCUCAUUCUGGAGAAACAGCCUGCUUAUGUCAAGGAAUUGGAGAGAGUGACGGCAUUGCAGACCAACCUGCAGCUGGCAGCAGUCAUUUGCACAAACGCAAGGAGACAACUCAGUGUGGCGAAGGAGGGCUUCACAGAGGCCAGCUUGGGUCUGCUGGCCAAUCAGAGAAGGCGACAACUGCUGACAGGCUUGCUCAAGUCGCUGAGGACCAUCAAGACUCUGCAAAGAACAGAUGUGAGACUCAGCGAGAUGCUUGAGGAGGAAGACUAUCCAGGUGCAAUCCAGCUCUGUCUGGAAUGUCAGGAGGCUGCCAGCACCUUUAAACACUACAGCUGCAUCAGCGAAUUGAAUUCUAAACUACAAGACACGUUGGAGCAAAUAGAGGAGCAGCUUGAUGUCGCCCUGUCGAAGACUUGUAAGCACUUUGAUGUUUCGCACUACACCAAGGUCCAGCUGGCCUACACGCUCCUGGGCAAGACACAGACUGCUAUGGACCAACUGCACAUGCACUUCACCCAGGCCAUCCACAACACGGUGUUCCAGGUGGUGCUGGGAUACGUGGAGCUGUGCGCUGGCAACGCUGACACCAAGUUCCAGAAGAUGCAAUACAAGGACCUGUGCACGCAUAUCACCCCGGACAGCUACAUCCCCUGCCUGACAGAUCUGUGCAAGGCAUUGUGGGAGGUGAUGUUGAGCUACCACCGCACCAUGCAGUGGCACGAGGAGCACGACAAACAGGAGAAUGCUCCCACCCCAGAUGAUGCAGCGGCUGCAGAGUCUGAUGAGUUAGUGGUGGACCGCAGCUAUGUAAAGAAGAAACUAGAACAUGGACUGACACGGAUCUGGCAGGAUGUCCAGUUGAAAGUGAAGGCCUACAUCCUGGGUACAGACAUGUCCAACUUCAAAUAUGACGAUUUCAUAGUGGUACUGGAUGUCAUCAGCAGGUUGAUGCAGGUGGGUGAAGAGUUCUGUGGCAGCAAGUCAGAGGUCCUGCAGGAGUCUAUCAAACGCCAGAGUGUCAACUACUUUAAAAACUAUCACAGGGCACGAUUAGAAGAGCUAAGGAUGUUUCUGGAAAAUGAGACAUGGGAACUGUGUCCAGUGAAGUCUAACUUCAACAUCGCCCAACUCCAUGAGUUUAAGUUCAUGGGCCAGUGUCGCUCCCCAUCCGUUUCACCGAGCAGACAGGCCACGUCCUCGUCCACCCUGGCCCAGGAGGAGCUGUCUCUGUUCCAGCAGUAUCUUCAGGAGGGAAACCCAUUUGAGAUGCACAUCGAGCACAAAGAGGAGGAGACGGAAGAUGUGCUGGCAUCUAAUGGGUAUGAAUCAGAUGAGCUGGAAAAGAGCGCGUAUCAGGAUUAUGACAGCGACAGUGAUGUCCCCGAGGAGCUCAAGCAGGACUACGUGGACGAGCAGACGGGUGACGCCCCUCUCAAGAGUGUGUCCCGAGAGACCAUAAGAAGCAAGAAAAAGUCUGACUACAACCUUAAUAAAACCAAUGCACCAAUUCUCACCAACACCACCCUCAACGUCAUCCGGCUUGUUGGAAAGUACAUGCAGAUGAUGAAUAUUCUGAAGCCGAUCGCCUUUGAUGUCAUCCACUGCGUGUCACAGCUCUUCGACUACUACCUGUACGCCGUGUACACCUUCUUCGGACGCAACGACAUGUAUGAGUCAUCGGGUCUGGGCCUUAUCAGCAGCAGACUGAGAACCACACUGAACCGGAUCCAGGAGAGCCUCAUUGACAUGGAGGCAGUAGGGGAGAAUGCAGGAGUCCAUGGACCAGCAGAGGACAGGAAGGAGAAGGUGCCCAGCCCCCAUCUCAGCCAACUGGUUGUCCUCACUAACAGUGGGACUCUUUAUGGGCUAGCACAGAGGGUGGUGGCUACCGAGUCUCUUGUUUUUCUGGCUGAACAGUUUGAGUCCCUCCAGUCCCACCUGGACACAAUGAUGCCUGCAGCCAAGAAGCCUUUCCUGCAACAGUUUUAUUCCCAGACGGUGUCAACAGCCAGUGAACUGCGGAAACCAAUAUACUGGAUUGUGGCAGCCAAGGCCAUCGACUACGAGCAAAUGUUACUAAUGAUGGCCGGAGUUAAAUGGGACAUUAGGGAGAUAAUGUCACAGCACAACGUUUAUGUGGAUGUCCUGUUAAAGGAGUUUGAGCAAUUCAACAAGCGUCUGGGUGAUGUUUCCAGACAUGUGCGCAUCCCGCUCCCGGUGUCCAACGUCCUGUGGGAGCACUGCAUCCGUCUGGCUAACAGGACUCUUGUUGAGGGCUACGCUAACGUGAAGAAAUGUAGCAACGAGGGCCGGGCCCUGAUGCAGCUGGACUUCCAGCAGUUCCUCAUGAAGCUGGAGAAGCUGACCGACCUGCGACCCAUCCCCGAUAAAGAGUUUGUCGAGACCUACAUCAAGGCUUAUUACCUGACGGAGAACGACAUGGAGCAGUUUAUCAAGAAUCACAGGGAGUACUCCAUGAAGCAGCUGGCCAACUUGGUGAACGUUUGCCUAGGCUCGCAUAUAAACAAGAAGGCUCGUCAGAAACUGCUGGCAGCCAUCGAUGACAUUGACAGACCCAAGAGAUAGACUGAUGCACAGACCAGACCCUAAAUGUAUCAACACAGUCCACAGAGAUAGACACUCCAACAGAGGAACUCCCGCAGUGGAGCCCAGUGUCGAAUGUUUUCUUUUUUUUUUGUUUUGUUUUGUUUAGAAGAUACAUACCAACGUUGAGGUGUGUUCAACGAGCUGUGCGGUACAUACAGUAGUGGAGCUCCUGUAUACAGCAAUUUAAGGCUUAAAUGUUAGCUAAAUGCUAACUCGUGCUAAUCUGCAGUCAAUCUGCUUCACACACAUGCAUGCUGCAGUCACUCUAUGCGUAGACGCACCCUAAACACAUGCUCUCGGCUUUUCGUUCAGCAAACACGCUGCUUAUGAAGUUUUUCUGCUAAUCGUCUGCAGCCAUAACAUUUUAGAGCACUUCAGUGACCAUAGGGAACAGAUCUUGAAUUUGUUUUCCAGCUGAACUUCUACAAAUACAGGAUCUAACGGUGUAAAUGUGAAGUGUGGCGUGAACAUGUGGCUCUUUCUGGCAUUCCAUCUGUUUUCACCAAAUGUGCUCAAUCUCUGACACCACUCCUACCAUGAGAUUAAAGGAAGCACUGAGUGAAUGUUUAGGAGUUGCUGGAUUUGAAUACUCGCAUAAAUAUUGUUCAGCUUUGUGAUUUAAAAAAAAAAAAAAAAAAAAAAAAAAAAAAACAACAACAAAUUGUCCAAGAGAACGUUUUAAUGGUUAUACCCCCUCUACUAUCUGAAUGUGUUCCCUGUUGGAGAUACAGUACAGUAAGUCUGGGUUUUGUUCACUUAUACAGUCAUUAUAAGUUAUUCCAGCCCAUGCGCUUUCUGUAUAUUAGUUCACAUCAGGGUGUUUGUUGUGCCUGACUGGAUGCUCUGUUUCUUUAUGUUGUUUGUUUUGUCCAUAAAUUACAUAAAUUUAAUAUAAUGAUGAUUCUGAAAAUAAUAUAAAUUGCUGUAGUUUAGCUUUAACCAUGGUUAGAUUAUAUCCCCACCAUCUGUUUGUCAUAUCUGAGGAGGAAAGUUCUUGUGAAAGUGCUUAUCUUGGACUUCAGUCUCCAUCCUUCUUGCUGAGCAGUGAAACGGUUUCUUAUGUUUCUUUUAUCUCCUUUUGUUGGUUUGUGCAGUCAGGCACUGAUUAUGUGAUUUCUCAUGAGUUAGUGGUUGAACUGUGUCAACUACCUGACCUUUUCCUUUUACUUUAAGGCCCCUCCACCCCAACCCCUUCAGUCAUAUCCAUUAGUUUAACCUGACCAGACCUGCUGAGGGGGCAGAUUUAUUUACUGUCAAAAGGAGAAAAAAAAUGAAGAAACUUUUUUUUAAAUGCAGCUUCAUAUAUAUUUUGUGGGCAACUAUUCCAAGAAGAAUACUGUAAAUGUGAAUGUUUUGAACAAUGUCUGUAUUUAUUUCCUG